AUACUAAUACACACUUCCUAUAUUUUCAUUAUACCUAAUAUUGUUUCUUUUGAAUGGACGUUUUAUAAAAUACAGAAAGAGAAUGUUGAAAUUGCUCGGAUUCGGUAUCCUUUUUGGAAUUUUCUGUCUGAGUUACUCGAGAAAUUUGAAAAGCAGACUGGAUUUCCUGGAGAAGGAGUCGUUAAAAACUAGAUCAGAUGUUAUGGAACUUCGAGACCUUAUCUACGUUAUCAAUGCGACAGGACCAGUGGGUGGUAGUGAGACGAUGAAUACUUCCGUUGUUGAAGCUAAACUGAAGUCACUCGACGAGAAGCUGGAACACUUUAUGCAGGAGCAGCAUGACACAAAGGUCGCUUUAGCAAUGGCAAUAACAGAAGAGAAGGCAGUGACAAGAAAAAUGUUGAAAAUAAUACAAGACCUGGCGGACAGUAAUACUGAAUCCGUGCUUGAAAUUGAACAAACGGUAAACGAAAAUGAGCAUGAAAGGGAGAAUUUUAAGAGAGACUGGAAGUUGUUUGAAGACAGUGUCAGAAGUGAUUUGAAUGAAAUGAGAAAGAAUACAAAAACAUUGCAAGAUAUGCUUGAAAACGUAGAUGGAAAUGUUGUAAUUCAAAGUGCCGGAAAGAUAGAUCCUUGUCCAAAGAACUGGUUUCGGGAGGGUGACACGUGUUACCUCUACCAGAAAAACGAACAGUUGAGUUGGUACGGAGCAAGGAUCAGGUGUGACGAUUUAGGAGGAAAACUUGCUGAACCUGACACAGAAGAAAAAAUGAUGUAUAUGUUAUUGACACUUGAUGAAAAUAAUGUUUGGAUUGGCGCGACCGAUGAUGGUCAUGAGGGGAGCUGGGUUUGGGCGAGUUCACAAAAGUCGGUUGGUUCAACGUCCUUGUGGCAGCCUGGUCAACCGAACAAUCUGUCCGGGAAUCAGCACUGCAUGGAAGUAGGACUGUCGUUAUUGAAUGACGAAUCGUGUCUUGAGGAUAACUAUUACAUUUGUGAGAAAGCAGUGGUCGGUUAAAGUUCUUGGUGCAGCCACGACUGUGAUGACAAUUAUCACAUAUUAGGCUUUUACAACCGUCAGUAGUAUACAGCUUAAUGGUAACGGGAUUGGACGAAGGAAAAUGCAUGUUGUGUGUUCUACUAAAAUAUAUGAAUGAUUUCUUCCCACUUUCUAACUGAAAAUUAAAUUCGCGACGUGCUUUGAAGACUUUACCAAAAAUGUUGCUUACUUACUAUCAAAUGUACGUUGUGUAUAAAGAUUUUGAAACUUCACGUCCUAUUAUAAUAUCUUUCUGUUUUC